UGUCGUUGACUGACGUACGUACGUCGUGGCCAACAGCACGUGCUAACCGAGGCGGCGCGUGCAAGCAAAAAAAUAAAAAAAAAUAUAAAACAGCAGCUGUGGUGACCAGCAACAACAAUAAUAACAACAACAGCAUCUGGCGGAGAGCAGCCAUUACAAAAACAACACAUACAACACAACACACACACACAAGCACAGCUUUGCUGUCGCAACAACAAAGGCUUUGGGCUAGGCAAAGAGCAGGUGGAGGAGAAGGUGGUGAGGGAGAGCAGAGCCAGGAGAGAGAGGAGAGCAUCUAACUUAAGUGAAAUUCAAGCGGAUGGAGGAAGGAAGAGGAAGCAGCAGGACAGUACAUCAAUGCAGGCUUACUGUCUGAGUGUGUGUGAUAGAGUGCGAGCGAGAGAGUGAGUGCUCGAAUGCGACAAUAAAUUAGCUGUAAUCUGCACCUUGUUAUUUGCACCUGAAUCGAAAUUAUUGUAUAUUUUUUUGCCAUAACAAGCAAGUAAUCAAAGUAAAUUUACACAUACACGAAACGCGAGCGUAAUUCUAUUUACGCAAAUAAAACUCAACAAGAGGGCACACACGGAGGAAGAAGAAGAAGAGAAGGCGGAUAAGUAGGCAACACAAGAAUUAGAAGCAGCAGCGCAAACAGGAUACUUAAAAUAUCAAGGCAAAUACACACGCACACACACACACACAGGUUCAUAUUUUUGGCCGAAGAAAAAAACAACAACCACACGAAAUAAAUACAAAAUAAACCCAACAACGCUGAGGUGUAUGGCCCAAAGGCAAGGCAAACAAACAGAGCCGAAAAAAGAAAAGGAAAGCGAAACAGAAACAGAAUCGGAAUCAGUAAGAUGCCAAAAUGCUGGACAGAGAUUGAUGCUGGCUGCCGACGCAGAGCACCUACACCAACAACAACAGCAGCCACUGCAAUAACAAUAACAAGGCCAAGAAAAACGACUAGCAGCUACAACAACAACAGCAGUGACAACCGCCAAAUGUGAGCAGACAAGCGACAGCAAUUGAGAUAUAUUGUUUCCGCCAAAUCACGACGAUUAAGUCAUGAACGCACUCGAUAUGAAUAAACAAUUUCUGAGCGUCUCCCAGGACCAUCAGCAUCAGACGACCUCGGUGGCAGACCGGCGGAGUCGCUCCAGAUCGGAGCGUGCCUCGAGCCUGGCGCUGCCGCUCAACUCCCUGCUGGACUUCUACGACAAGCAGCAGGAGCAGUGCAAGUCGGUCACCCUGCUUCCACUGCCCAGCAACUGCAGCAACAUCGGCGACAGCAGCAACACCGGGGACAGCAGCAACAUCUCCACCAGCAACAGCAUCGUGCGGCGACACUCCUCCCACUACUAUCCCAUGCUCGAGGACAAGCAGAAGCCGUCGCAGCUGUCCCAGGCAGCCACCGAAAUGCUUGUAAACAUGACGGAGCAGAAAUAUGGCCAGUCAGCGCACCAGGGGGCGGCCAUGGCCACCGCAGGAGGCAGGCAGUUCCACCAGCAGAUCCAGCAGCACCAACAGCGGGUGGACACCCCGGUGACGCCCCCACCGCCCAUUCCGCGUCGCCUUCUGCGCGGCAAGUCCGCCUGGCAGGCGUCCACGCCCCACCCACUUCCACUUCCUCCUUCGGCUGGCGGACAGGAAGGCGCCCAUGGCACGGGCACGGGCACGGGCACAGUGUUUGUUUAUCCGCAGCCAACGAACGUGACCACAGAGGCAGUGGCUCGGGGAUCGGGCGACGGAGGAGGAGCUGGUCUGCAAUCAGCGCUGCUUGUUGACAUAGCCACACGUCCUGCGCCCGGAUAUGCGGAUGCCGAUGGGAUUUCCGAUGACGACCGCAUGAGUCUGGAGAACUCCGUGUUCGAUGAGUCGCUAACCUCCACGCCAGUCAAGGUCGCCGGCUAUCUGGCCGGACGCUACUCCGGCCUGAGCCACAUGGCCAAGCGAGCGCAGCGCUCCUCCAGCAGCACCGUGGACUCGGCCUAUGGCUCAUCGCUGGGCGGGCACAGCGAGCGUUUCGCUAGCAGCUCCACCAGCGUGGACUUUCGCAGUCGUUUCUCCUCGGUGGACACACAGUCCUCUCUCGACGAGAAGCCCAUGUCCAGCUCAAUUGACUCACCUUUGGCCAGGGAUUCCAGGGAUGCUUACCGAGAUGCCAUGCACAAGCUGAACAACAAUAAUACCAGCCUGGGAUUGCCCCUUUAUCCGGCCAGUAAUAAUAACAACGGCAGCAUUAUCAGCAGCGGAGGAGGACUAGGAGUCGGAGGAGCUGAUGGCUCCAAGUUACCAGUGGUUCCUGCUCGCAAGCAGCCACCUCCUCUAAAGGGCAGCGGGAACAGCAACAACUCGGUGGGCGAGACCCAAUCGCAAAGCUCCUCCUCCAAGGAACCCAGCAGUGUCUCGGCAUCGGCCUCCACUUCGUCCGCCGCCUCAGCAGGAUCCAGCACCAUUUCCAGUGGCACUAUGUCAUCGAUGUCAGGGACAUGCCCGGCAACAAUGCCGUCUACCGACUCAACUACCAAACGUCCAGGGCCUCCGGAGCCACCAUUGCGCCAGGCCAAUGUCUUUGAUCUGGUGGAUUCGGGCUCAAGGGGUCAUCCGCCUCCUCCGUUGACGGUGCGGAACAAGUUGGUCCGCAGCAACAAGCCGCCACCCAUCACCUAUCCACGGAUGCAGCAGCGCCAGGACUCCACUCUGUCCAGCGACAGCUACUCGAUCAGCUCCAGUCCGGGCUACAACUCCAAGCUGAUGGAGGUGCCACUGCUGGGAUCGAGCCGCAAGUCCAAUGCUCCCGGCUCCGCCCAGCGACAGACUCCUCUCAUGGAUUUGGCACCAACGCGAUUUUUGGGAGGAUCCUCCACCGGAAGUGGCAAGCAGGCUCCCGCAGUGCCGCCGCCCAGGGGCAAGAUCAAUUUCCGCCAAGACUCGACCAUCUCGAGCGACAGCUUCAGUCAGACGUCCAGUCCGGGCUACAAUCCCAAGCUCAUGGAGGCGCCGCUGCUGCCCUCCUUGUCCGCCAAGCGAUUGUGCAGUGCUCCUGCUCCGAUUGUGUGCCGCCAGGGAGUGCAGCACGAGCCCAUUGAGGAGUUGGAGCCGCCGCAGACGAUCUCGCCGCUCCACAAGACGGCUGGCCAGCCCAGCAGCCUGCAGACCAUAGUGCGCUUCCAGAAUGGAGCACCGCACACCAUGUCCUUGCAGCACCAGAUUAUCAACCGGCGGAAGAGCUCCAAUCCGUACAUCACCAACGGCCGCUUGAAGUUCCGCCUGUUCCAGAUCCUGAUCAACGCCUUCGCCCUGCUGGCCAUCGCCGGGGGUCUGGCCGCCUACUUUAAUGCCUAUCCAACUAUCAAGUUCGUCAACAAGACCAUCAUCAAUACGAUCCAUGUGGAGGACACUACGAGUUUCGGCAAGAAUCCAGCCCCAGGCACUUGCCUGCCCAUCAUUGUGCGCUUUUGUCAGGGUCCCCAGAUCCCCUACAACUACACCGUGUUCCCCAACUACAUCGGUCACUUUGGCCAGCUGGAGACGCAAACGGACUUGGAUUCCUAUGAAGCCCUGGUGGAUGUGAGGUGCUACGAGCUGGUGUCCCUGUUUCUCUGCACGCUUUUUGUGCCCAAGUGCGGCCAGAGCGGUGCCACUGUGCCACCUUGUAAGACCCUCUGCACGGAGACGAUGCGCCGCUGUGGCUUCUUUUUCGACGUAUUCGGAUUGAGUCUUCCGGAGUACCUGAACUGCAAGCUCUUCAAGGACUUUCCCAGUCCCGAGGAUUGCGUUGGUGUGGAUGAGGUCCGCGAGGUGAUGAAGGCCGCCACGCAUCCCAAGUGCGAUGGCUUCCAGUGCGACCAGAACCGCUGUCUGCCGCAGGAGUACGUGUGCGAUGGCCACCUGGACUGCAUGGACCAGGCGGACGAGGCCUCGUGCGAACGAUGCGGUCCGGAUGAGAUCUACUGCGGGGAUAGCCAGUGCAUCGGUACGAAGCACAUAUGCGACGGGAUCAUCGACUGUCCCUACGGCCAGGAUGAGCGCAAUUGCCUGAGGCUAAGCGAACGGAAUGGCGAUGUGGGCACUGGGGUUCUGGAGGUCUAUCGCAUCGGUCAGCGGCAGUGGAUGCCCGCUUGUGUGAAGAACUGGGAUCGGGCGGUCUCGCCCAGCGCUGUUUGCUCCAUUCUGGGCUACUCGGCAGUGAAUGCCACCAGUGUCCUGACCCAACGUACUCAUCGCCCGCUUCUGGCCUCUGUGAAUGUGUCCACUGACAUUUGGAAGAUGUACGCUAAGAGGAAGUCAACCUUGAUGCAAGAGUUCGCCAACUGCAAGAAGUCGGAAGACUAUCCGAUGGCCGAGCUUACAUGCUCCAAUUAUGAGUGCGGCCGAGUAAAGCGGGGUAGGCACAAGCCUUCGAGGCGGAUCAUAGGAGGAACCCAGGCAAGUCCCGGCAAUUGGCCAUUCCUGGCCGCCAUUUUGGGCGGUCCGGAGAAGAUCUUCUACUGCGCCGGCGUCCUUAUAUCGGAUCAAUGGGUGCUUACAGCCUCGCACUGCGUGGGAAACUAUAGCGUGAUCGACUUGGAGGACUGGACCAUUCAGCUGGGAGUAACGCGUCGCAACUCCUUCACCUACUCGGGUCAGAAGGUCAAGGUCAAGGCUGUCAUUCCCCAUCCGCAGUACAAUAUGGCCAUUGCCCACGACAAUGACAUAGCCCUCUUUCAGCUCUCCACACGUGUUGCCUUCCAUGAGCACCUUUUACCUGUUUGUUUGCCGCCACCGAGCGUGAGGAAUCUGCAUCCUGGCACCCUGUGCACCGUCAUCGGAUGGGGCAAGCGGGAGGACAAGGAUCCCAAGUCCACGUACGAGUUUAUAGUGAACGAGGUGCAGGUGCCCAUCAUCACGCGUAACCAGUGCGACGAGUGGCUGGACAACUUGACCGUGUCGGAGGGCAUGGUGUGUGCCGGAUUCGACGAUGGCGGCAAGGAUGCCUGUCAGGGCGAUUCGGGUGGUCCGCUGCUGUGUCCGUAUCCGGGGGAGAAGGAUCGCUGGUUCGUGGGCGGCAUCGUGUCCUGGGGCAUUAUGUGUGCCCAUCCCCGUCUGCCCGGCGUGUAUGCCAAUGUGGUGCAGUAUGUGCCCUGGAUACAGGAGCAGAUCGCGAAGCACACACGUCCCAUCAACGAGGAUCGGGUGAACAAGUACGACCUGCAUCCGGGUGGACCCGACAUCCUGUCCAAAAUAGCCACUGACCCGAUGCACGAGGGCAAGCCCCACCACUUCACCCACUCCAGGACAUCGUCCAAAAACUAAUCCUGGCCACGAGGAAGAUGAAAACUCACGAGUAGAGCCAGAGUCAAGUCUCACUGGAACCGAGCAUAUCCACGAAACGAUUGCACAAAGUACUAAACAUAUAAAACAACAAAACACAGAACCGAUGGAUCCUGUAGGAUACAUACAUAUAUUUUGCUACUGAACUUAGGGUAUUAGCCAUCCGGCUAACACCGAUUUGGGCAACAUAAUCAUGUGUCAAUUUGCCGAAUUUAUUUGUCAAUUUUUUUACAAAGAGAUUUUUAUGAACCCAUGUAAAAUCCAAGGAAAUUAAUAACCCAGGCAGACGGAAGUAAUUAACCCAAAGUGGGUGCAACUAUAUGUCAAUAUAACGCGAUUUAUAUAUUUACAAGUAAACCCAAGAUAACCGUUAUGUACCCGAUAUCUAACCACUUGAUAAUUGUGUCUAAAUACCCCGAAACCCAGACAAUAAUUCGAUUUUGUAGCUGAAUUUUGUGUUGAAAAGUUUCGGAGAAAAUGAAACUUGUAUUAUUAUAGGUAUUACUUCGGAGGAAGCUAAAUUAAAUGAUAAACGAAGAGAAACUCUGAAAAAUAUUGUGAAGUAUAAAUAGUAGAAUCACAGCUAUUGAGUGUUGACAAUUAAACCAGUAAAUAAGCAAAUCAAUUGUAGAAAAUGUGUAACUAUAACUAAACCAAAGAAAAACAAGGAAAAUUUGCUGAUCUUGGGCAUUUGAUGGACGUAGCCGUAAGCUCCUCUCCAAAUACGCUGUCUUAAAACACAGAAUCUAUCCAACAAUAAGAAAGUGCAGUUGACAAUAAUGAGAAAUGCACAAUAAGCAAGAAAAUUGUAUCUAGCUAUAAGUCAUGAAAAUAAUAUGUAACUAAAAUGCGUGGGUUUCAGCUUUAAAGAACACAAAAAGAAUGGUAUAAUAUCAAAUGGCAGAUGUCAGUAAGGAGGUCAGAAGGAAUAUACUUAUACACAUAGCAUACGAAUCGUACUAUUUAUGCGGUGAACUACAGAAGAUAUACACGCUUCGAUAGUGGACAUGUCAAUGUAACUUAAUAUUUAGAACUAUUUACACGCCAACGCAACUCGUUUGUCACGCCCCACUUAGACUGGCCGCUUUAGCCGAAGCUCAAGGUAACGCCCUGAUUGCGAUCCCCACACAUCCAUAACCCUGGUGUUCCAUCUAGAAGAUAGAAAUGCUAGCGUGCAACAAUUUGUAGGCACUACUAUUUUGCAGAGGAAUCGCACGAAAAUGAAUGUAAAAUACGCGUAACUAAAGACUCAAAAUUGGUUGUUUCAACACACACAAAAUACACGAACACACACUUGAGCUUCGCGAUGUGUACAGCUUUGAUAUUGUUUUCGAGUCGGAACCGGAAACCAAAUUUGGCCGGCAUUCCGCAGCUCGAUGUUUUUAACUUAUCGUUUCUAGCUAAAACCUGUUGAAAUGCUUUAGACAAGAGAUUGCAAAUGUAUAACCGAUAACUACUAGCUCUAGUUGGACAUACUAUGCCUAAACAUAUAUAUAUGCAUGUUUUGUACAAUCAGUUUACAAGUGGAAAAGUAUUACUAGUCUUAACGGGGGGUUAAAUGAAGCGCAUAUUACACAAGGCACACGAUGUUUUGAGCGGAACAUGAACACAAACCAAUAUGUAACUGAAAUAUAUACAAGAAAUAUACAUAUAACGGAUACAUAUAUUCUAUAUAUAUAUUGUAGUAGUAGCUAUUAAGCAGAUGUGAUGGUGUCUAAAUUUAUACAUGCAUAUUACCAAGCGAAAUGUGGAAAGCUUAGAAUAUACUCGAGACAAAUCUGUGGGCUGUUCUAGAUCGAGCAUACUAACUAUAAUGACAGAGUACAGCGGACAGAUCCAGGACAAUACAUACUUAUAAAGAUAUACCCAUAUCAUAGAAAUUAUGCUUACUUUGAUAUUGUGCACUGCAUGAACAUACAUAUCGGUGGGUUCCUGAAAUCCCCAGAAGUUUUAGAACAACAGGUGCCUGAAAUCAGGAAAUAACGUUGGUGAUAAAUCACACGGGGAUUUCAGAAACAUCUCCGUUCGAUACCGUUUGUGUUUGAACUCAGGCGAAGACUCCCUAGCUGUUGCCUUGGACAGUAAGCCACACUUUCACCAUUUCAGUUUCCUGGGGUUCACUCCCCUCGUGCAUUUACGAUCACACGGAUCAUGGCGAGCUAUUUUUAUACACCCCAUGCUCCAGGCUACUAUCAAAACGCUUAGCUUUAUGUACAUUUAGUCUAAAUCGAACACAACCCAUAUAUUAUAUAUAUUGUAGAUGUAAAAAUGCUUAGCAUUGGCGAGUGGAGUGAGUGAAGUAAUUUACACGUGGCAUGAAUAGCAGAAUAGAUAAUUACUAAGUACAAUACGCAUACAAUCAACACGCAAACUCAGAAUCGCACAAGUCCCAUAUCCUAGUUGAAUUUCUGCGCUUAAUGGGGAUCGCCCCCAAGGAUUCGAUUCAGUUCCGCAUGCUCCAUGUGCUUGGGAGGACACUACAUAUACUCAAGCCCCAAAAAACCAAAGAAACAAAGAAAUUGUAGCGAAAAGUUAUGUGUAAAAUGUAGCAAAAUCCAAAAACAAGAAGCUGAUUAACAAACUAGUUGAAUUUACAUGUGUCGCGAAAAUAAUGAAUCAUAGUAUGUGUACUCACGUAUCAGAAUAUUAUAUUUAAAUGUUUAAAGAUGAUCAUUUGAUGAGAAGCACUUGUUAUUUAUGCACAGACGGAACUUUGUGAAGAAUUUACAUGAACAAACUUUGACAAUAAAAGACAAACUGAAUUUUUUCCUGUGAGCUGGACAAGCGCAUCGGAAGCAUUGAGAAUUUAUGAAAAGUUUUACAUUCAGAUUUUGAAGUUUUGAUGCGAAUCGGAGAAUAUUGUUGAACAUUUAUUUUGGAAAACAAAGAGAGAAUAACCAUGACAAUAAGGCAAUGUCCUACAAUAACUGGGAAAGUGCAGUAUCCUAAAUGUAACUACAUAAACUACACACAGACACGUAUAACCAACUAAAUGCUAAAAGCAACAUGUCAUACAAUACAUGAUAUAUACUUACACACAUAUAUUAUAUAAAUGUUGGAAAAUAAAUGUAUAAAACCAUA